AUGUUUUGUGGGCGACCAUGCACCCUGAUCAACGGGAUGUGCAUAUUCGAAGGUGCACUAAUUGUCGCGCAGUUCUGGAUGCUUGUUUUGACAACGGACUGGCAGCACAUUGUAACCUUGGUGCUGCUAAUGUUUGCCAAUUAUCUGUUGUUAGCGAAAUUGUUCAAGGACAAGGUGGGAACCAAUGUAAUCAAUGGAACCUAUAAGUAGCA